ACGCCGCGCGGGACAAGGCGCGGGGCCGCGCUCCCGGUCCCCGCUCUCCAUCCCGGGCCGAGGCGGCCGUUCCUCCUCCCGGAGCCCCGAUCCCGGCCGGCUCCGCGGCUCCGGGGCGGGGCGGGCGGGGCGGGGCGGCCCGGCCCGGCCGGGGGAUCCGGCGCCGCCGGGGGAAGAGGCUGCAGGAGCGCGGCGGAGCGGAGCGGAGGCAGAGCCGUGUCCCCGAGCCCCGCGGGAGUCACCGGGCUCCGGUGCCACCGCUGCAGCCCCCAUGGAGAAAUACAAAGCUCUCGAGCAGCUGCUCACAGAACUUGAAGAUUUUCUGAGGGUACUGGACAAGGAGAACUUGAGCAGCACUGCUGUUGUGAAGAAGAGCUUCCUUUCUGACCUUCUGCGAGUCUACACCAAGUCUAGUGGUGGCGAUGAGGAAUACAUUUAUAUGAACAAAGUGACCAUCCAUAAACAGCAGGGUGACCAGGAGAAACAAGACAAAGCGCUGGAUCGGAGAAACUCCUUGACCAAUGGAGACUCAGGACUGCACUCUUCCCCUCCUCAGAAGAGCCUGCCGGACCUCCCCCCUCCAAAGAUUCCUGAAAUAAAACAACCUCCGGUCCCCAAGAUGGAUUCCCCAGAGGGAUAUUAUGAAGAGGCUGAGCCAUAUGAUGUCUCUGUAAAUGGUCUUUUUGGUAGGCUCGCUGCGGCUGGACCCAGGCCAGGGUUGCAGGUUACUGAGGGUGUUAUUUAUGCCACAAUAACAAUGGAAGAUGGUGAAGCUGUUAGCAGCUCCUAUGAAUCUUACGAUGAAGAAGAGAGCAGCAAAGGCAAGUCAGCAACCCAUCAGUGGCCAUCCACAGAGGCCACCAUUGAGCUGAUGAAGGACGCCCGCAUCUGCGCGUUCCUGUGGAGAAAGAAGUGGCUGGGACAGUGGGCAAAACAGCUGUGUGUUAUCAAGGACACCAGGUUGCUGUGCUACAAGAGCUCCAAAGACCACAGCCCUCAGCUCGACGUGAAUUUGCUGGGCUGCACUGUCAUUCACAAGGAAAAGCAAGUGAGGAAGAAAGAGCAUAAGCUGAAGAUCAUCCCCAUGAGCGCCGAUGUCAUCGUGCUGGGGCUGCAGAGUAAAGACCAGGCAGAGCAGUGGCUCAGGGUAAUCCAGGAGACCAGCGGUCUGCUGUGCGAAGGAGGCAGUGAAGGCAACCAGUAUAUCCCAGAUUCGCAGCGUCUCAGUUACCCAAAGGUGGAGGUGUCUGAGAGGUACUCUGCAGCCUCCGAGAGUGGGAGCAGCACGGAUGGCCACCCAGAGACAGCUGAGACAAAAGAUGUUAAGAAGAAGGGCACAACUGGCCUCAAACUGAGCAACCUGAUGAACCUCGGGAGGAAAAAAUCCAGCUCCCUGGAUAGCCCAGAGAGAUCCCUGGAGACUUCAAGUUACCUGAAUGUGCUAGUGAACAGCCAGUGGAAGUCCCGUUGGUGUCAGAUAAAAGAUGGUCACCUCCAUUUCUACCAGGACAAGAACCGAAGCAAACUGGCUCAGCAGCCCCUGAGUUUGGCAGGUUGUGAAAUUAUCCCAGAGCCAAGCCCUGAUCAUCUCUACUCCUUCCGCAUCCUGCACAACGGGGAAGAACGGGUCAUCCUGGAGGCAAAGUCCUCGGAGGAAAUGGGCCACUGGCUGGGCCUCCUCUUGUCAGAGUCAGGAUCGAAAACAGACCCGGAGGAAUUUACCUAUGAUUACGUGGAUGCCGACAGGGUUUCCUGCAUUGUGAGCGCUGCGAAGAACUCCUUCUUCUUAAUGCAGAGGAAGUACUCCGAGCCCAACGCCUAUAUCGACAACUUGCCGAAGGGCAGGGUGCAGCAGGAGGAGCUGUACGACGACGUGGAUCUGCCAGACCUGCCUGCGGAAGAAGUACCCAAGAGUGAGAGCAAAUUGGAGGCAGAUCAAGACAGAGUGUACCUGGAUCUCACCCCAGUGAAGUCCUUCCUACACUGUGCUGGCAAGAAGUCAUGCCAGCCUUCACCCCUCAGCUCACCAUCUCUAGAAAGGGCAGCCAACAAGGCUGCAGCAGAGACCGCAGCCGAGGCAGCCCUCGUGGCUAAGGAAGCCGAGCCCUGUAGUAAGGUGACGGAGACGUUGGAGCAGAAACACCCAGAGAAGCCAGAAGCCGAUGAGGCGCAGCCACGGAUGCCCGCUGUCAAAAUCCAGACACAGCAGCAGAACAUCGCCUUCCCCCAGCCGGCCCCCGAGGCGCCGGUGGGCGCAGGGAUGGGGGGAAGUCCCCAGCUGGUGCCCACACACCGGCCCAAGAUGCCACUGCCAGCAGCAGCAGUGGAAACCAAGCUGGGCAAGAAUAGGACAGAGGUGGAGGUGAAGCGGUUUACAGAGGAGAAGGAGCGCCUGGAGAAGGAGAAGGAUGAAAUCCGGGCUCAGCUCACCCAGCUGCGCAAGGAGAGGCGGGAGCUGAAGGAAAUGCUCGGAGGCAGCACAGACAGGAGCCUAGAGCAGAGACUGAAGGAGAUAGAAGAAGAAUGCAAAAGGAAGGAGAGCCGGAGGGUGGACCUGGAGCUGAGCCUGGUGGAGGUGAAGGAGAACUUGAAGAAGGCAGAAUCUGGCCCUGUGACGCUGGGCACGGCGGUGGACACCACGCACCUGGAGAACGCAGCCCCCCGGAUUCAGGCAAAAAGCGCCAGUCCAGCAAAUAGUGCAGAGAACUCGCCAGUCAAUUCAGCAACGGCUUUAAAAAACCGGCCUUUAUCUGUUAUGGUGACAGGGAAGGGAACAGUUCUACAGAAAGCUAAGGAAUGGGAGAAGAAGGGAGCCAGUUAGAAUCAUGUUUUUCAGAGAUGGACUAAAGACUGGAAUUGCCCAUGCAUGGCCAAGGGGCUUCAAUCAUCUGUAGGUGGAGGUUGGGUGUGCAACACAACCACACACCAAGUGCCUCUUCCACAUCGCGCCAACUGCUCAGAUGCAGCAAUGGAGUCAACAGCUGCCAAUAUGAAUUAUCCCAAGUGAUUUUGCUCUUUCCAGACAAGUCCCAGUCAUGUAGCUAAAACAAUAACAACCACUGGCAAUCCUUGCAUCAAAUUCCUAACCUGGUUGAUGUAAACAAGAAUGUGUUACUGUACAUAGGGGUGUUUUGUGUAUUUCUACUCUGAAGGUUUAUCAAUGAGUUAUUAAGGUUUCUAUAUUAGUGACAGUAGUAGGUUCAGAGGGGGCCUCUGCUUUUCUUUAUACCCUGGUGGUUUUCAACCUGUCAUGGCAAAUUGCAGUCAACUAAAGGCUCGCCUGUCUUGCUGCAAGUCAUCACUCAGCUGCAUUUCAUCCAGCCUUCAGCCAAGGGCACUACCCAUGCCUGAGCAAUGCUUGAGCCAUGAAUGAGCAGCACACAGCAGCCCGUCCAAGGGAUUUUUAAUCGGUGCUCUGAUGCACCCCAGCAAGUGCUUACUCCUACCAGCCUGCUGCAGAUUUUCCAGAGUAUUGAGGAAGAUCCCUGCUCACCUUCUUGUGUUGUAAGCUGUGUUACAGACUAGUGGCAGCAAGAGCUCUGGGCAAAGAAGAUCUGCCAAGCAGUUUCAGUCAAUUUUCUUGAAGAUCUUGGUCUACUUCACCUGAGGAGCUUGUUCUGAAAAAAAAAAAAAAAAAAAAAAUCAUAUUUGAAGGUUUGUUAAUAAUUUACCAAAGGCCCAGACCUGCUCAGCUGUUGGGUGGGGAAGCUGGAUCCUAAUCUAUCCUUCAGGGCUUGCCGUUUCCCAGGGGAGAGGAGGUAAAGUUGUCCCCAUGUUCCUGCCCCAGAUGUGAGCACCACAUUGCCGAUGCUCUCUGAUCCUCACAGAGCUGGAGUUGUACAAUCUGCUGACGGCACCCCCAUGCAAAGGGGCUGGGCUGAGCAGCCUGACCUGCAAGGCUGCACCACUGUGUCUCUCUGGUGGGCCGCUGGUGCUGUCGCCCUUACUCCCAAAUUAUUAAAAUUAAUAUAGCCUUUAGACCCUGGCAGUGUGGCCCACAAAGCCCACCCCUCUCUGCCCUAGCCAAGAUUUCUAAUGAAAGAUGUUGGACAUUUGGGACUGCUAAAGACAUUGAAAUUUGAAGGGGGGUGCAGGAGUGUCAGAAAUCCAUGCACCCUCUUCUCCUUGUAAUGUGGUGUCAUGUCUGAUGGCCUGGAGACACCUCUGCCGGCUUCCUCUGAUGGUCCUUCAGCCCUGGAGCCCAGGUUCAAAACUGGGUGGGCUGUGUUGUUCCCGGGGUCCCGCAGCUAAAGCAGUGAGCAUCACCCAGAGCCAGGGUAAAGACAGAAAAAAUGUUGUAAAUUCCUAACCCUUGAAAACCUCUGACGGGCCCUGAGAGCACCUCUGAAGGGAUGUGGCACCUUCACACAAAGGCCCAACAGCCAGCGGAGGUGCAGGGCUGUGACAGCCGGAGCUGGUGGUGGCACUGGGGUGAGUGAGGAUGUGCUGACAAGGGGCUCUGGGCUCGUUUGCCACCACCACAGAGCUGGGGUGCAACAAAGCACUUCUUAGGGUAUCCUGGAGGUAAGAAAGGUGACUUCACUCCCCUUCUUUUUUACUUUGAAAGUCUCCAUUGCACUGCAGAUGGAGGAAUUGCUAACCCCAGGCAGCAGGAGGAGUUCAUCAGCCCCAGCUGUCAGGCCUGUCCCUGUGCAAGGUUUGCACAUAGGAAAAAGUAAUGAAAAUAAACCACUGAAACUUCUGGUUCAGGACACAGGGGCCUUUUCUCUCCAAAACACAGGGAGGCUACAGACACCAUGAAGCUCUUGUUUUGACCCACGCUGAGCUGGCAGAAGACCCUCUCUACACCCUAAAUGUAUGUGUGUAGUACCACGUCCUCACCAUACGCCCCACUGUCCUCCUCCAGAAGUUGUCCAGACAUUUCACAGUGGUACUGAGACAGCGAUGGGCGAGAGACACUCUGCUUUCUCAACAUCAGCCCAGUCAGCUUCAGUCGUCCUGCUGGGGUAUCUCCAUCAGGGGAUGGUAAAUGGAGGCGAGUCCUGAGCAACACACGUCCCCCAAAAAUAAAUGUUAAGCAAUGUCUCUGUGUCCCCAUUGUUUUCCUAACUCAAGGCAUUUCCUUUGUUGUAACUGUGACCUAUAAAGUGGCGCUUUAGAGGGUUUUAUAAUAAAAUGUUGAGUAUAUUA